GGUAUAGCGGUCCCUGUCGACAGGCGUCCAACUGCUGAACGAGGAAUAUCAGGAGAGAGCAGAUCUGACCAUCUCGCCAAAAGUGUCGUACAAUAUUCUACAGGAGUCUGUCCAUCACGCCUACAGGGUCUUGCAGUAUUUUACAAGGGUCUGACGAUCAAACCAACUGUGUCUUACAGUACUCUACAGGGUCUACGUUUUCUCCAUGAGGAAUACGAUGUCGCCGAGACAAGACGUGGGGGAAGCAGGGUUGUCCGUUGAUCCCAAUCCCAGGAUGAAAGCUGAGCAGGAAACGACCAGGCCACCGAUGGUGAUCGUGUGGCGGAAUGUGUUCCUGUCCUUUAUGAUGAAUGCAUUGGCCGUGUACGCCCUCACACUCAUCCCCAAGGCGAUGUGGAGGACUACACUGUGGGGUUACGCUGUCCUGGUUGUCACUGACCUCGGCAUAACAGCGGGCGUUCACCGACUGUGGGCUCAUCGAUCCUACAAGGCACGGUUUCCACUCAAGGUCCUCCUUGCAAUAUUUCAAACAGGAGCUUUCCAGAAUUCAAUUUUCGAGUGGUCCCGUGACCACCGAGUUCACCACAAGUAUUCUGAUACCGACGGCGACCCUCACAAUGCCACUCGGGGCUUCUUCUUCUCGCACAUUGGGUGGCUCAUGGUCAAGAAACAUCCGGAUGUGAUUGCCAAAGGGAAGCAACUCGACAUGUCUGAUUUGCUCAAUGACAAGGUUGUCAUGUUUCAGAAACGGUACUACGUCCUGUUGGUGGGAGUGUUCUGGUUCGCCAUCCCCUCCCUAGUGCCCUGCUACUUCUGGGGGGAGACGUUCUACAACUCUGUCCACAUCGCCGUCUUCCUGCGCUACUGCCUCGGCAUGCACACCUCCUUCCUCGUCAACAGUUAUGCACAUCUACGUGGCAUGCGUCCUUAUGACGAGAAAAUUCGUCCUGCGGACAACUACAUCAUAGCGCUGAUCGCUAACGGGGAAGGAUUCCACAACUUCCACCACACCUUCCCCCAGGACUAUGCAACCAGCGAGCUACCCUGGACACUCAAUUUAACCUCUGUGUUUAUCGACGCAUGCGCAAAACUUGGAUUGGCGUAUGAUUUAAAUAAGACGUCUAAAGACAUUGUGGCAAAAAGGGCGGCAAGGACCGGACAAGGGUCUUUGAAGGGUUGAUCUAUUCUGUUUACCAUUGACCAAUUCCUGAAGUACGAUAUACGGUCAAGAGAAUUACUAACAUAUAUGUUGCAUCCUUCUACGUGAUGCAUUUUCUUUUGGAUAUGAUUUUUGCAUUAUUACCAAGAUCUGAUAUUUUCAUGUAUUGUUCUGUUACCUCACUGGUCCGCGUCACACCCACCAGUAUACGUAAUGUACACGCUCUCUGUCACAACUGAUUACCUAACGUAUCCUCGCGAUUUGGACGACGACAAUUCUUGAAAUCCGUGAACACAAUACAAUUAGAUUUAUCAAAUUUAUGUUUCUGACUUAUUUGUUCAUAAAUACCAAAGUUAAUUAAUAUGACCAAUAAUGUUACACUCUUCAUGGAACAGGGUUAUUAAAGUAAUGUUCUUUAUACAACGCUCAGUUGAUAUUUCUGGUUAGAUUUCAUUCUAGUCGUGUGCAGCAUUCGAUAGGAUAAAACAAUUGGUGGUGUGAUUUCCCUUACCCUGAUAUGAUAAUGACAUUUGGCUACCCUGAUUAGUCUUAGCAAGAGGUUUGUUGUAUGCACAGAAUAUAAGUCAAUACAGUCAAAAUUAUUAUCACUUUUCAGUUCUCAAUACAUUUAUAGCACCAUGUAUACGUUUGCAUUAUAUUAUAUCAUGAAUAAAUUUGGUACACUUGGGAGUAUA